AUGUACGCGGAGGAUUUACGUCGGUUUCAACACCAUCGGCGGGCCUUUGAGAACGGCCUCGCCGCCCAGACCGACGGCCGCGUGGCCUACGUCUACCGCCCGCGGGUCCACCCCGCCCACGACGGCGAGGGCGAAACCCCCGAAAACGCGCAAGCCGAGCCUCCCGCGAGGUCGAAAAUCCCCGCCUUCGCCACCCUUUCCUCCUCGACAAUGACGACGACUUCUGUCAGUCGGGAAAACGACAACCUCGUGGGGGCCUCCCAACCGCCUUUAAACCAAACCAUCCCCCUGCCGUCCUUCGCGGCAGCCGGCGGGGGGGGCGAAAAGACCACGCGAAGCUCCUCGAGGGCAUCGGAAGGGGGGGAAACAGGGGAAAAUAGGGCUCGGAAUACCAAUAAUAAUAGCCAGGGUGGGUGUGGGUUCUCUCCGAUUCUUUCAGGACAACGGGAGGGGGAUGAGAGCCCAACGGUGGAGGCGGAGGCGAAAAGCAUGCUAAACUUUCCACGGCGUGAUUUUGUGGAGGUGAUGGAGGUGGGGAAUUGGGCAACCUCGUCUGUACGGCAAACCAAUAACGACGACGAUGGAAAAAGGAGGGCGAUGAAAUCUAAAACGCUAGUUCCCAGAAAAGGAUGA